AUGGCCGACGAAGCAGCUCGCGCUCACGCCGCUGAAGUGGCGCGCGCUCAAGAAGAAGGAAGAGAUCCACCUCCUCCUCCUCCUAAUCCACAAGAUCCUACUGGAGCUAAGGUUAUUGAGAAUCUUGCAGCUAGUGAUUGUAACAACUGUCCUGAUUAUGACCGCUCAAGCCGCACCACUACUAGCUCCCCUGAUUCUUUUCAAAUGACUGAACUCAAGAACAUGAUGGCUCAAGUUCUUAAGGGACAGCUCAAGCAUAUCAAUGCAAUAGAAGGGAUGAGUGAUGCUAAUGAAGAUUCAUCAAGAGAAUGCAUGGGAGAUUUCUCUAAUGAAGCCAAUGAAGAAGAUGUGAACUACAUUGGAAACUAUGGGAACAAGGGAUACAAUCCAAGCUAUCGCCCAAACCCCAACAUGUCUUAUAGAAACCCCAAUGUGGAGAAUCCUCAAGACCAAGUGUAUCCUCCAAGGUAUCCACAACAACAAAGACCUCCUUACCAAUCUCAAGGAAGUCAAUUUCAGCCAAGGCAAGGAUAUGAGCAGAGAUCAUCAUAUCCGCCCAAGGAGCCAUAUGCUUCUUCACCAAAUCAAGCUCCUCCAAACCAACAAGGUGGGAGAUUUGAAGGAAUCCUCCAACAGAUCAUGGAUGGCCAGAAGAGAAACACUAAAGAGAUGUAUGAGAAGAUGGACACUUUGUUCAGCAAUCUCAACACCAAGUAUGAUGCUGUUGCCACUCAUGUGAAGAAACUAGAGACUCAAGUCACUCAAACUAUGGAAGCUGUUAAGAGACAGGAAGCUGAAUCCAAGAAGUCCUUUUGCAACUCAGCCGCCAUAGAAGAAAGAUUUGAAGACCAAGUUCCAGAAUGGAUGCUUUCAAAACCUACUGUUGAUUGCAUGAUUUGGCCUGAAGAGAAUUACCCAGAGAGAGAGUCCAAUCGAGCUAGAAAGAGAAGACUCUUCCCAAAGAUUAUCCCCAAGACAGAUAACUCAGGAAAGUUUGCUGUGCCUUGUAUCAUCAAAGGUAACAUUCUUGAGCAAUCUUUGUGUGACACAGGAGCCAAUGUGAACAUCAUGUCUAAGAGGAUAGCUGACAAGAUAGGCCUCACCAAGAUAGAGCCAUCAUCCAUCUCCAUCAACUAUGCUGAUUCAUUCUCACAAACCCCUAUGGCUUUGUGCCUAAUGUGA